AUGGAGUUGUGCGAGGGCGGCUGGGUGGACAUCGUGCUGGGCGGCCCGCCCUGUUCGACCUGGUCGCGGGCGCGCUACAAUCGUCGCCGACCUGGCCCGCCGCCGGCGCGCUCGCGGCUGUGCCCCUUGGGUCUGCCAGGUCUCAAGGCCUGGGAGGCCGCGAGAGUCGCGGAAAGUAACACCCUGACGCUAAACUUGUUGGCGCUCUGCGAGGCGUGCGGUCAGAGUGGCGGCGCCUUCCUCAUCGAGCACCCGGAGGACCCAGGGCACGCGCCCUACCCAUCCAUCUGGAACGCGAAUGAGAUGCUGGACUUCGGGACGAGGCGCUCGUCUCGGAGAGCGUGCUUGGACCAGUGCAUGCUGGGCGGACGGACGAAGAAGCCCACAUGCCUGAGCGGCACGCUGCAGGGGCUGGAGGACCUGAAUGAGCUGCGGUGCGACGGGUCCCACGUCCACGAGUCGGCCGAGGGCAAGUUGGCCGACGGCACCUUCCGCACGAGCCCGCUGGCCCAGUACCCCGAGAGGAUGUGCGAGUCGCUGGGCAUCUUGAUUGUCCGGACCUUGGCCAUCUUCGAGCAGACCGGCUUGGGCGGCACCGGGUGGCGAAGGCCGCCAGAGGCCGACAGGGCGGUCACAGCAUGGGGCUCGCGGAGCACUACGGCACCAGCGGUGGCCGUGCGGAACGAGGACGUGCUUCGCGGCCGCGGGCUGGUGCUGGACGGGCCGCAGAUGGCCUUCUACCUGCACGUCGACGACGGCGCGGCGAUGGCGGGGGGCAGCGGCUGCGGCCCACGGGCCACUGGGAAGAUGCACCAGCUGGCGGACGCCUUGGCCGAGGCCGGCUUCGUGGUCACCGACCGCACGGAGGCCAGCGACAUGCAGAAGGUGCUGGGCUACGCACCACAGGCGCGUCCAGCGCAGCUGCGCUUGCCUCCGAAGAGGGCACGGGAGCUGGUGCAGCAGCUGGAGGCGAUGGGCGCCACCCGCACCCUCCACACCGAGGAGCUGCGCUCGCUCUUGGGGGUGUGGAUCUGGGGCGCACUGCUGCGGCGCGAGCUGCUCUGCAUACCCAGCGCCGUCUUCAGGCUCCUGGAGAGGUACCCGCACCAGCGGGUGAGCACCUGGGCGACCGUCCGCAGGGAGCUGCGGGCCAUGGCUAGGGUAGUCCCGUUGAUGUACGCUGACCUGGGAGCCCCGCCAGCGCCCGUGUAUUUCGCGGCGGACGCCAUGGGCGCCAACGUGGAGGACGACGGCGGCUGGGGGAUCCUGGUGACCGACAUGAGCGAGGACAUCGCGAAGGACUUCAUCGACACGGGCGGCAACUUGGGCUACACCGUGGCGAGGCUGGACGGCGAGCUCACUGGAUUGCGGCGCCCCGAGCAGGUCAUCAGACGGACGAAGCCCUUCAGCCUCCUGCCCGAUCGCGUGUUCAAGCCCGACGAGGACUGGACGAUCGUAGGAGCGGGCAGGUGGCGGUCGGCCGACCGCAUCACGCUGGGCGAGGGGCGCUGCGUCGUGAAGAUCAGCAGGCUGGCGGCCGCCACUCCUGCCCUUCACCGCACCGUGCUGCCGAUCCUGGAGGACAACCAGCCCGUCUCAGGUGCGGUAAGCAAGGGCAGGAAGCUGGACAGCACUUCUGUUGAGAAGGUUAAGCCGCACACCCUGGCGGCCUACAGGGCGGCGGCUAUGAAGUUCCCUAAUUGGGUUAUCAACCUGGGGGCCAAGUCGGGGACAAAGGCCAAAAGGAUGCAGUUCGCCAUUAUUUUGGAGCAGGGCGGAGUGCUGGAGAACCUCUUACACCGAGUAGUCUUGGGAACGCCGCCCGAGGGGCUCCUCUUUCCCUAUUCGCUCGUCGACUACAGGCAUCGGCUCAAGCAGUUUGAAGCAGCCUUGGGCCUCGACAUUCACUGGACGCCUCACUCGGCGCGCGCAGGGUUCGCCAGCGAUUCCGUGGCUCGUGGUGCCCCCUUCCAGGACAUCAAGGAGGCGGGGCGGUGGCUCACAGAGUCCAGCCUCCGCAUCUACGUGGACGUUGUCACCGCCUCCCGGGUCCUGGCACAGGCUGAGCAGCGAGGGAUCGCCCCGCUCAUCCGCGAGGCGGCCGAGAAGCUGCCCAACUACUUCCCGGAGGGCAUCUUCGGCGAGGGCGAGGGCAUCCAGCAUGCCGCCAGCGGGCUGGCGCAAGGGCCAGGACGGCGCCUGGCACUGGGCGCGCUGGUGGAUGGGCUGCUGGCGGGUCCGCAGCAGCCGGGGGAUGCAGCGGCGGGCGCGGGCGUGGUCGAGGCCGAGGCGCCAGCGCCAGCGGCCCCUGGCGCGGCAGCACUGAGGCCCCCGCAGCCGCUGGUGGCGCAGCCGCUGGCAGCGGGCGCGGCCGCGGGGCAGAGGCGCGCGCGCUGGAGCAGCUGGUCGCUGCUGCGCGCGGCCUGGCUCAUCGCGAGGUGGUGCGGACGCUCAACCUCGCGAGGAGUGACGUGGGCGGCGGUCGCCGCCUUGAUGAUCGGGUGGCUCUACGUUGCCGGGCCGCUCGCCCACCUCGGGACCAUGAUGGGCGUCGUGGCCAGCGUGUCCGUCUCGGCUGGCAAGGUGGUCGACAGCAGCCUCGGGGCAGUCAUCACGGCUGCGCAAGGCGCGUCCGACUUCGCCGCGACGUCGCCCCGCAGCUCGGCGAGCCUCCUGCAGGAGGCCUGGCGCGGAGUGGACAUCACCGACCUUCACGUCCGCCAGCGCCACGCCGAGCGGCUAGCGGACGACCCCGAGAUCCUGCAAGACUGGAUCCAGCGCGAGUUCCUGUCAGGCGAGCCCCGCCCGCCUGGGGCCGAGCAGGUCGCCACCGCGAUCUCUGAGGCUUCGGUGACCAUACCCCACAUGGCAGAGAGCUGGCAGAUGCUGAUCUGGCCCGGUCAGUACCGCGAGCUGCACAUGACGCUCGACUUGCUGCCUUCCGGGUUCUACGGAGUCCAUAUGGUCGAGAGGAUCGUCAACUUCACCGUUCAGUGGAGUAACCCGGUGUGGAGUAGCCUCGACUGCGACAUCAGUUCAGAAAGAGAUACAGUCGUGGCUCAUAUCAACUCCACCCUGGCCGGGCUCCCGCUCCCUGAGAUCCGCUAUAUGUCCAUGACUGAUCGUGAAAUCCAGGCUGCUAGGCUCCCAGGCGCCUGGAUCAACAUGGCCCGUAGGCUCGUUCGUGCUGUAUAUAUGGCAGUAAAGAGUGUCCUGCAGCUCGUUUUGUUCGGAGUUUAG